AUGUCUGAUUACGAUAACUAAAUAAAUGGAGAUAAUGAUGAUAACGAUAAUAUGGUUAAUAAUUCUUAAGAGAAGGAAGAAUAAGAAAAAAAGGAAUAUUUCAAAGAACUUGUUGUUAGAUUAAAAGAAGUGUAGGCAAAAAUUAAGUAAACUAAGACUGAUAUUGAAAAUGAGAAAUAAGUAUUAAAUAUUAAGUGAUUAGAAAUUAGUUAAGAUAAGAUGCUGCAAUCAAAUUAGAAGAAAAAAGAGAACAUAUCAAAAAACUCUUGAUUAAAUAAAAUUAAACAACAACUGAUGUAUAUUUUCUAAUAUUCAAUAGAAAGUUGAAGCAUUGAUUAGAGACACACUUGAAAAUCUUGUUUAACAGACUUUAUAAAAAUAAUAAGAACUUAGAGAUCUUAAAGAAAGCGAAAAAGAGAGAUCUUUUUUAAAUUAUGAAUUAGAAUUACAAUUUAGAAAUUUAAGGUGUUAUUUUAUUUAAUUAAAAUAGAAAAUAUGUCAGUGAUGUUAGAUAAGAAUUGCAAGAAAGUGAUUAGCAUGCUUAAAAAUUAAAAAUAUAAAUAUAAAAAUAAACUAAUACUAAUUUACUCUUAAGAACUGAUGUUGAUGAAAAAUCAUAAAAGAUAUAAUAAUUAAAAUAAGAGGCUUAAUAAUUAAGAGCAACAAUAUAAAAUUUAAAUGAUGUUAAAAAGGUUAUCAAUAGAGUUUCAGAUUAAGAAUAAAUUAUUAUUGAAAGUAAUGUACAGAAAAAACCUAGAAAUUCUUAGAAUAAUAAGUCUGCCUCUUAAUAAAGAGUAAAUUAUAAUACGCAUGAUGUUGAUGAUAACUUUUGGUAUGGUGAAAAGUAAUUAAAACUACCAUCAGUUCAAUCAACCAGAAAAAAAUAAUGA